AUGGGGCCAAGUGGCCCAAUAAUUUCUCCCCCGCCGACAACCUCUUUGGGUUGCGGCCUCUCUAGAUUGUGUGAAGCCCCGUCCUUGAAGAAUUCUCACGGAUUGGUCGUUGAGGCGCAAUUAUAUGGAACGUCAUCUACUCACGCAAUUAUCGGUCGUUGUGUUCUAACAUUAAAAGAUUCAGCAUAGCCACUGUUCACGUGUUGGUUGGUAUAUAAUGUGGCGCUCGCAGGCAGCUGGACUCCUGUGAGCCACAGAGUCCGAUCUUGUGCGUCAGAUCCGUCCCCAUAUUCUACGCACCCCCACUUCCAAUUAUCUGUAAACUCCGGUCCUUCUCGGUGAGCUCUCACUCUCUUCCUCUGCCUCUAAUCAAGGUGAGAGCACUCGCCUCUCCUACAGAACUCAGCCGUCUGGCUCAACUGGCUUAGAUCUGAGAGGUCAUGUUUUCCUGUUGGAUGCUCAUGCUCAUCAGUUUGCUGCCUCUGUUGGGGACCGGAGUGUCCACAAUUUCAACAGUCUCUAUUACUACCCAUGAUGUUAGUCUGCAACUUCAUGCAGCUGAUGUGACGUAGACAUGGCUGCCCAAUGUUGGGCACGUGACUCGUUUAAGUGAGCAAGUGGCUAGGCGUCGAGCUCAUAUGGCGGCUGCGCAGAAGAAGAGAGGCGGGGUCCACGGGAAAAUCGGUCCAUCCAGCGACCGAAACGGCAACUUGCUGGACAUCCGUAGAGUUAUCUCGUAUCGCAUCGCUAUCAUCCCAGUAGAAAGAGUUUGUGAGUCUUAAAAGGAGAUUUCUGUUGGGUUAGUGAGUUCAUUUGAAAGCCAAGAUCAUAGAUUUCAGCUCUAAGUUCUUGAGAAGUAUUAUUUUGUACUUGUUUCAUAUCUAGUAGAGUUUUUAUCGUCACCUAGAGACAUAAGAGGCUACUCUUUUAAUCACAGAAGAAUUAUUAUGUCAUAUUAUGGUCAUGAGUUGUUUGUUUUCUAUUUUCUUACUUCCCGUUAUAUCCAAUAAUUUCUAUAAGCCUAUAUAUUGGGCUUUUAUUCUAACAACUAGUAUCAAAGCGUGGUUGAAAGAAAGGUGAUAGAAACGCAGGAGAGAUGAUAACUCAAGCCUCAUAUUAUACGAUUCAAAAAAAUAAGUCUGAACCAUCAAUACUGAACCAACAUACUGAACCCGUCAAAAGAGUUCAACAUAGCAUCACUUGCAUCACAAACCCUGCCCUGAAAUCCAUCGCUCAAACAUACCCCGACAUUCCUUGGGCUUGUACUCUGGAGCUUCGUGACCUGCACCCUGAAAAAGGUACAGAGAGUUUAACACGCGAAAGGGAAAGGGGGGGGCAAAGACAACCAUGCAAACCAGUUGAAAGCAUCUAUCCUUCUUCACACAAGUAACUGUGCUACUAGAAAUGGAUGCUGACCUUGACCGUCGCGAAUGUCAAGUUGUUGGUGUAAGUCUCCGUGUAUCUGAAAUCAUUCACCCAAAAAUGGCCACUGUUUAGCCCAAAAAGAUCACGUUGAGAAAGAAACCAAUGGAGGUCAUCGGUUUAGGUAAAGACCCGGCAACUUGGUCAUUGAUCCACCAAGGCCGCCACCCGUAGAUGAUGGAAUAAUUGAGAGAUCUGAGCCAUGCUUGCGUCCCUACAGUGUUGGCAAGCAGAUCGUGGUCGCCACUGCUUUGAGGAAAAUGACAGGACUAAAAUCAACGUCAUUUCGUAAGGUGCAUGAAACCUAGAAGCGAAGUAUAUGUUUUCUCGUGCGUGUAUCCAAUUUGGAAAUAAUUACGCCUUCAGAAGACAGAAUUCUCACAUGUACACCAAAGCUCGUAGGCCUCCACAGGUAUUGUUGAGAUGAUACGAAACUGAGCUGGGAAUAUCAUUCAUGUACUUCUCCUUUAUAUCUUCUCGGCAUCUAUUCCAGUCUCCAGUCCAUCCCUGCUGUGCACCUUGCAACCAUCAAGCUUGGAUGAUGGGUUAGGUCGCUGCACCUCCUACAGUGAGAGUACUUACCUUACGGACUCCAAGCGCUUCUCGCACUUCAUCGCUGUUCGCCCAUGAUUUGGCCAACAUAUAGCCAUAGGACUGUGGAACAAAUCCAUGUGUCACAGACCAGGUUCAUCCAUGCAAGACACAGGAAGGAGAUAGACCAACAAUCACAAAGAGAGAGCUUACGCGGCAUCGUUUGCUUGGGAUCUGCAGGGAAAAAGGGUGAGCUCUCUCAAGUUCACUGAGACUUCUUUCCACUGGGGCAGACUGUUUAGGCUUUGGAGAUGCUGAGUCACAAUUAGGCUCCAAGAUAUAUUUCUGAUUAAGGCCUUUGAGGUUCUGAGUAUAAAAUAAAACCCCAGUAAGAGCGACUGGAACGAAGUCGAUCACCGUACACAGUCAAAGGGAAACACACCUCUUCUACGGCCUCAAGACACUCGGAGCAUUGAACACUGCGAGGCAUAACAUAAUCCCCGCUACAACUUGCCUUUGUCGCCUGUAAAUUUACCAAAAGUGCGAAUCAAUAAGAAUAGGUUUUUGUUUUUAUGAUCCCCGUGAUUCUCGAAAGUGUAGGUAUAGUGAAGGAAAUUUAGACAUUCAACCAGAAUUAAGGAAGCUCGUCUCAACCUCAACCACUGGAAGCUAUGUUUAGAUGGAAAAAUAGGUCAAACCAGCCUACUCCUCGUUUAGGUAAAGUGUCCAGGAGGGGUCCAGAAAGGAGGUCAUUGUCCGAGUUUUCCUCGGAAUCUGGGCUCAGGCUGGCCUUGCCAAGUGACAGGCUCAGUCCGACCAUGCACAACUCUAAAUAUGUGCCAAUUAUUUCAAUCAUCCAUUCUCUCAAACGAAAACAAAGAUAAGAUAUAAACCACAUAUUGGAUCAGAAUGAUUCACCUCGUACAGCUCGUCGGAAAUAAGUCCCAUCCCAUGGGAAUGUGGAAUCCUCGACCCCCUAUCAUAACGUCUCUCACCCGUCGCCGGGUUUCCAACUAAAUAGCCCUGUAAAUCUCGCACCACAAAUGUCAUGAGAAAAACAUGUUGGGUGCUUAUUUUAGAAAAUUUGGCUUUUGUUCGUCGGCCGGCCCACCUUGAGAUUGACGAGGGGCUUUGACCCUGCCUCGAUUCCUGAAACAUGAUUCAACCUGAAUGACUUCCGAGAAAAGCACCUCGGCGGAAAGCGCAAGAGUUUUUCGAUCACGAAUUGGAGAAAACAAAAAGGGAACCCCAUAAGCAGAAAGGAGUGGCCGCAUGCGAUGACCGAGGGACGUGUACAAGGCACCCCAAACAGGCCGCGCUUUCGAGCAGCACCCCUUAUCAUCCCACAGGAGCGGCACAGAAGAAGCUGACCCCCCUCGAACCCCGCUCAUCUUCCUCUUUGAAAAUGAUUUCGAGACCCAAACCAAGAAAUAAACAAAUGAAAACUCCAUUACCAUUUAUUACUUCCCGUGCGACGAUGGGUGCUAAUUUCCCACCUUGUGACUGGCCGGCAAUAUAGAAGGGAUUCGAGAUGAACUCCGGGUGAUCCACGAGCCACUACACCACCGGAUGUUCGACUGAAGGUGAGUCAAAAAUGCGGAAAGAUAGAAAUCGCCGUCUGGUGUUGUGAUUCCGCGAACAUAUGGUAUCACCUUCUUAAUGAAUGCGCCAAGAUGCCUUGAUGUUUUGGUGUCCGACCAUUCAUUUUCCUCGGCGGCCUUGGAGUACGAGAAUCCGACGCCCACAGGCGAAUCCACAAAGAUUAUACUGCUGAUCUAUCGAGAAAAAGUCAUAAGAACAGGUCACGAUAGAGAGUGACGGACAGAGGGAGACCGAGAAGAGCUGACUUGUACCCUCGUCCAAGACUCCUCUCGGUAGAUCAAAUUGGGCAACCGUCUGCUCUCGUAACUCUUGAUAUCAAAGGUGAAAGGGCCUGCACAGCGACAGAGGUCAGCAAAAUCGCUCAUAAUCUCUUGUAAACCUGUCUAUGGCUGCACGCCAAAAUUGUUGUCCAAUGCAUAAAGGUCCUCCGAUGAAACGUGUUGGGUUGGCCUGAGGCCCCGAAAUCAAUCGACCAUCCGAGACUUACCACCUUGGCGCACUGUUCCCAGUAGAAGAUCCUAAACAUCCCUUUUCAGUCAACCAUUCAAAAUAACGAUGAGUGGUGAAAUAGGAACCCAGGAAUAACGAACCCAGGUCCUGUGAAGGCUCGAAUUCUUCGCAAAUAUACCACCUUACCGAUUUCAUACGCUAACACGUUCAACCCUGAGCAGCCGGGGCCGCCGUUAAGCCACAACAGUAGGGGAUCCUCUGCCGGGCUUCUCUCCGACUUGACAAAGUAAUAGAACAGGUUCACCUCCUCCAACUCGUCCACCGCGAUGUACCUAGCGUCCGAGAUCUCUUUCUCCUCAAGACAUCGCCGCGAAGGCGCAGGAAGAACGAGAGGGCGAACGAGGAGUAGAAGAAUGGCGGCUUACCCUGUUUCCAGUUCGAAGGGGAGGCGACCGUCGAAUCCCGGCAAGUGAGUGAUGGUCGUCAAGCCGGACACAGUCCACAGCCCUAAAGUCCAAGAACAGGCAAUCACCAUGACCAGGCCAGCUAUCGCCGGCGUCAUGGUCAGAUCAGCGACGACAAGGAGGCAAAUGCCGAACCUAAGUGUAAGAAUUAUGGAGAGAUCGAGAGGAGAGGUGUGAUGUAUUCAGAAAAAUAUCUGUGGGACAUCUGAGGGACGGCCGCAGAUUGUUCUUGGCCUCGCCUUAUGUAAAACGGACAAAAGACAUUUAUUGCAUGUCGUUCUUACACUUAAAAGGCCGACGCCCACUUGGGUCUAUUGAUGCCCACUUUAAAUUGCCAUUAUCUCUCCUUGUUUGUAACUGCACGUCGCCAAUCUCUGAAACGGCCUAUAUGAUGUAGUUUAUCUCCCGGGUUACAAGUAGGCAUUUUGCCAGAUGUUUAUAUCAAUCUAACUAUAUAAUUUACCUUAUCUGCUGGAUUUCAAGUGGGCAUUUUACCCCAGAUGUUUAAAUGAAUAUAACCUUGUGUGAUUCAUGUUGAAUCAUACACUCAAAGGGUGGGUAUUUUCAUUCUACCAUUGUUCAUAUGUGUGACACUUUUUGAAUCUCUUUCUCUCUCUAGAACACAAUUAUAUAUGUAUAUAUUAAAUCUUCUUUGUAAUUGAAAUAAUUAAAAGAUGUAAAUAUGACUUAAGCACUCUAAAAAGACAUUAAUCUCAUGAUCUUAUUCCUAGAGAUAAGUCUUAAAGAAAGAAAUUAAUUUGGAAAAAAUAAAGUAAAGCUUAUAUUUAUUAUUGAACUAUUGUGUAUAAUUUGUAGAUGCUUGAUAAGUCUUCAUUAUCAUGAGUUAAUAAUUAAUAAAUAACAUAAUUUUAGUCUUAACUCAUGAUAAAUAAACUUAUAUUUAUGUUAAAUUGUGACAAGUGUUUUUCAGUUAGUUAAUGUGAUUUUUAUAAAUUUAUAUAAUUUUUAUAAUCUUAUUUUUAAAAUAAAUGAUAAAAAAUAAAAUAAAUCCCCUCGCUUCACGCCAGGCUUGGAACGAACACCAAAGCCAAAGUGCUUGCAUUUUUUUUUUUUUGUUUUUUUUAUCUAGUUUGAUCUCGUAGUUGGACGAGGGGUUAGCUUUCUCUGGUUCACCGCCUUGGGAAAAUGGGAGGACCUGCUAGUCAACUAGGCCCACAAGUGAGUUGGAAGUGCAGUUGGGCGAAGCCACGAGUAAGGGCUCGAGGGUCUAAGGGUGACCGAUUGGGGGCACAUGUGCAUCACUCCCCUUUCACGUCACUGGUGGUUAGUCGAGCAUGGGACAAGGAGUGGUCGUAAACACGCAAGAAAAGUACUUGUUGAUUCUCAAAUCUUAUAUUACUAUAUAUUCAUCCCAACAUUUGACGUAUAGUCCAUGUGAGACUAAACCUGGUCACAGCUUCCCCUAAAUGUUUUUGAUGAGUUUAAUACUUCAAGUAUCCUUUAUUUAUAACAAUGAGAUACCAUGAUGAUGUCACUAUAUAAGAGUAUUCGAGAACUUAUUUCUCUCUCUCUUAUGCAGAUGGAUGAUUGGGGUAGAUUUGAAUCUAAUUAGAGCCAAAACUCAUAUUUUUUACUUGAUUAAAUCAUGAUUUUCCUAUAGAUCACUAGUGAAGGAUUAAGCCACCAAAAUCAUUCAAUCAUUGACAAAAAUUUUGUCAACAUAAUUCGUGGAACAUUAUCAUGACCAGGUCAACUAUCGUCAGUAUCAUGGCCAUCAAUUAGUGACGGUGAGGAGGCAAACGUCAAACUUGAUGUGUGAGGAUUACGGAAAGAUCAAGAGGAGAGGCAUAGUUUAUUCAAAAAUAUAUAUGAGAUGGCCACGAAAGGUUAUUGGCCUCCCCUCAUGCAAAAUGACAAAGACAGUUAUUGCUAGUCAUUAUUACACUUAAAAUGCUGGUGUCCACGUUGGCUCCUCUAUGUCCACUUUAAAUGUCCAUUAUUUCUACUCAUUUGAAACUUAAUGGGCAAGAAGACAAUUACUUAGACGGACUAUAUAAUGUACAUUAUGAGCUGGGCUACAGUCGGCAUUUUACUAGAUGUUUAUAUGAAUCUACCCUUUUGUGAUUCAUUUGGGUAUUUUCAUUUUGUUGUAGGUCAUUUAGAUACAUACAUAGACCCUUGGGUGAUUCUUGGUGAAUCUCUCUCUCUCUCUCUCUCUCUCUCUCUCUCUCUCUCUCGAACACAAUUAUAUAUGUAUAUAUUAAAUCUUCUUUGUUAUUGAAAUAAUUAAAAGAUGCAAAUAUGACUAGGGCACUCUAAAAGGAUGUUAACCCCAAGAUCUUAUUCCUAGAUAUAAGACCUAAAGAAAGAAAUCAAUUUAUGAAAAAUAAAGGAGAGUCUAGAUCCAAAAAAAUCAUAAAUAAAUUUUACAAUUAUUAUCACAAUUAGUGA